AUCUUACAGUAUUCAUCAAAAUAGUCUUAUAUAUAAGCCAGGAUCUCCAGCACACAACCUUGUAAAACUGUGCUACUCUUCUAUGCUGAAACAUAUUGGUACCGACGUACAAUACACAACAUGGAGGACAAUAUAAGUACCACCGCCUGGACUAUGACAACACAAAUGAACGGAAUGCAAAUUUUCCACCUCGUAUUUUUAUUACUUGUUUGUUUAGUUGGAACUAUAGGAAAUAUCAUGACAAUUGUGGCGGUCAGGAUUGAACGUAAACUCAGAGAAUCGCUGUCAAACAUGUUCGUUAUCAAUCUGGCUUUGGCGGAUUUGGUUGUUUGUUCCAUUGUUGUCCCAAUGAUGAUAUCUCAUGACGCACACGCUGAAAUAUUACCAGGACCCUAUUUGUGCUACAUCAUGGUUAUAAUAUCUGGAAUCGCAUGUCACACGGCAGCUGCCACAAUGACUGGUAUUGCUGUAACAAGAUACGUCGCGGCUUCUCGAGCAACAAGAUACCACGACAUCAUCACGAAGGGAAGAGUAUUUGUCGCCAUCAUUGUAGUAUGGUUAUUUGCUGCUCUUAACACAACACCUAUAUUAUUAGCCUGGCUUGAAGUAGACUCGUUGGAUUUGAACAAUUACGUAUGCGUUUGCUUCGAUGGUACAUUUGCUCUCUACUACACUCUAGGACCAGUCAUCAUCGGACAUUUUUUGCCGCAUGCCAUCACAGUAUUUUGCUAUUACAGAAUAAUGAGGGCAAUGCGAAAAAGUAGAAAGCGAGUAACUUCAUCGUCUGUGGGAACAUUGACUUCUGUCAGCGGAGCCGAUAAAGAUAAAGAAAAAAGGAAAAGUACAACUCUAAACAGUGAAACUGAAGGAGAAUCACAAACGACACUUUCAGUCAGCAAUUGGUCAAAACACGAAGUUCAACUUUUGAAAACAUCAAUGUGGAUCAUCGGAUUUUUCAGUUUCUGUUGGAUACCGUAUGGUAUCUUAGUCAUUUUGCAAGAUCUUGCUCCAAUUGAAUUAAAGAAGACGUUUGGCAGUCUUUGUCUGCUGAGUUUUUCGUUGAACCCAGUAAUAUAUGGAUUACUGAGCAAGAGUUUCAGACAGGCUUACAAAAGAAUCAUUGUAAAGGUAUUUUGUGGAUUUUGCUGCUUUCGUGGUCUGGAUGAUGGAAUUCGUUCUACUCCUUCAUUAACUAAUCGAAGAAAAUCUGAUAAACAGCGUUCGUCACCUAGAGCAGCGCAAUACCAAGCAUCAGAAUCAAGUGACGAAGUGAGGUUUCAAUACGGACGAUCAUCGCCUUCACAUAUCACAUAAAAAAACGAAAUUAAGAAGAAGUCAGUUUAAACAACCAUAGUUCAAUUUAAACAGCACAAAACCAAAGACAUAAAUUCUGUGCCGCCUCAAACUUCAGGGAAUUUUCAUGUGAUCUGUGACGAAUGUCUGUGUAUGCAUAUCUUCAACUUCGGAUUCAUCAUAUGAAUGACAUGCUAAUUAAUUAUCUCUAUCACAAUGCUAAGGAAACUAUAUAUAUCGCACGAUUUUAUUCAGAGCAUACCCUGAACUCAAACUUCAGGGAAUUUUUGUGUGAAGCUGCGAUCAGGAAAUUUUUAUGUGAUCUGUGACGAAUGUCUGUGUAUGCAUAUCUUCAAUUUCGGAUUCAUCAUAUGAUUGACAUGUUAAUUAAUUACCUCUAUCACAAUGCUAAGGAAACUAUAUAUAUCGCACGAUUUUAUUCAGAGCAUACCCUGAACUCAAACUUCAGGGAAUUUUUGUGUGAAGCUGCGAUCAGGAAAUUUUUAUGUGAUCUGUGACGAAUGUCUGUGUAUGCAUAUCUUCAAUUUCGGAUUCAUCAUAUGAAUGACAUGCUAAUUAAUUACUUCUAUCACAAUGCUGAGGAAACUAUAUCGCACGAUUUUAUUCAGAGCAUACCCUGACCUCAAACUUCAGGAAAUUUUUGUGUGAAGCUGCGAUCAGGAAAUUUUUAUGUGAUCUGUGACGAAUGUCUGUGUAUGCAUAUCUUCAACUUCAAAUUCAUCAUAUGAUUGACAUGUUUAUUAAUUACCUCUAUCACAAUGCUAAGGAAACUAUAUAUAUCGCACGAUUUUAUUCAGAGCAUACCCUGACCUCAAACUUCAUGGAAUUUUUCUGUGAAGCUGCGAUCAGGAAAUUUUUAUGUGAUCUGUGACGAAUGUCUGUGUAUGCAUAUCUUCAACUUCGAAUUCAUCAUAUGAUUGACAUGUCAAUAAAUUACCUCUAUCACAAAGCUGAGGAAACUAUAUCGCACGAUUUUAUUCAGAGCAUACCCUGACCUCAAACUUCAGGGAAUUUUUCUGUGAAGCUGCGAUCAGGAAAUUUUUAUGUGAUCUGUGACGAAUGUCUGUGUAUGCAUAUCUUCAACUUCGGAUUCACCAUAUGAAUGACAUGCUAAUUAAUUACCUCUAUCACAAUGCCGAGGAAACUAUAUCGCACGAUUUUAUUCAGAGCAUACCCUGACCUCAAAC